GCGACAUCUCGAACCGGGACUGAUCAUCAAGAAAUAGCUGCAUCUUUAGCUUUUUAAAAAGGAAAGGAAAAGCAAGAAAUCUGAUCACACCUCCAUUUAUGGAAGUUACCUUAGCUAUACAUAGACAACAUGCAGGGGAAGGAGAGGCAAGAGAUAAGCAACCUUUGUUGCCUUCUUUAUUGCACACAUGCUACAUAGCAGAGGGAAUUAAAGGGUAAAGGUCCUUAAGGAAGGAAACUCUUACUGGGAUCAGCUUUACGUAGGGAAAAUACAUGUUUUGGUCCUAAAGUUAUUGUAGGAUCUUUAUUUGGUGCCGAAACCCUCAAAUCUGACCAGGAGCUCAUUUGCAAAAGUCCUGGAUUCUCUCCAGCACACGUAGCCUGUGUGUUUUGACAAGAAUGAAGGAGAUCUUUUUUGGACAUAUUGACAGCCCUCUGAAAAGGUGCAAGCUCUCCGUAACUAGCUGAGCAAGUCUGAACACUCACAAAGUGGUUUGGGGUGCAAACUGCCUCCUCCUCCUCGUCCAUGGAUGUUGUGGGUGAAAAUGAGGCUCUUCAACAGUUCUUCGAAGGGCAAGAUGUGCAGAGAGCAUUGGAGAAUGCAUUGGUAGAUACACGUCUGCUGGAAGAAUUCAUAGACAGUGAUUUUGAAUCGUUUGGAAGCCUGCAAAACAAGCUACCAGACUCCCCGCCAGAUUCAGGAUCAGAGCCCUGCUCUCCACCACAGACCAAAGUCGCAUAUUAUGACAUUUCAUACCCUACCGGGUUGCGACCUUCAGCAUCUCUCCCUUCUGUAGGGUCCACCAAUAAGUUUCCUUGCAACUUUUUUGAGACUGCUUGUAAGACAAAUGCUAUCGGACAAGCGUGCGGUACACACCAAGACUUCAGGCUGAAGACAGGCAAUGCUCCAACUCCCUGGAAUAACUCCACGCCAUCAAAUAAUCAUGCUUUAAAUGGCUCCCCGUUAAGACCCUCUCACAACCCCAGUCUUUCCUUGGUAUCUAAAAAGAGAAAGCACUCUGAGAUGUUGGAGGCCCCUCUAGAAUUUCAAACAUGGUCUGGCAAUGUUGGACAAAUGACUGUAAAGGAUUCUUCUCCUGACAUGCAAGAGUAUGACAGUGGUGUGCAGAACGUAGCGUCUGUUGAAAAACCCUAUCCGUCCCUCGCCUGGCAACCAUAUUGGAUAUCUCCCUGGAGCAGCCUGUUCAACCAUAAUUAUGAAAAGCUCCCAGAUGUGGGAUAUUACAUUGUUACAAACAAAGGAUUUAAUUUUUCAACAGCAGAUAGCGCUUUUGUUUGUCAGAAGAAAAAUCAUUUCCAGAUAACAGUCUACAUUCGAGUGGUUGGACACCCAAAAUUCGUCAAAACCCAUUUUGGGCUGAAGCCGGUAGAAAAGUUUUACUUGAAAACUUUUGGUAUUAAGAUGGAAGCUCCCAAUCAAGUAAUCACCAUUGAGCAAUCUCAACCUGAUCGAAGCAAAAAACCUUUCUACCCUGUUCAUGUUGAUCUGCCAGGAGACCAGGUGACCAAAGUAACCUUGGCACGAUUGCACUUUAGUGAAACAACAGCCAAUAAUAUGAGGAAGAAAGGAAAACCUAACUCUGACCAAAGGUACUUCAUGUUAGUUGCUGGGUUGUACGCCGUCAGUCAAGACCAGCCUUAUUUGGUGGCUGCUCAUGUUUCAGAAAGGAUCAUUGUCAGGGCCUCUAACCCUGGACAGUUUGAGAAUGACAGCGAUACGCUCUGGCAGCGAGGACAUGUUCCUGAAACCGUCGUAUGCCACGGUCGAGUGGGAAUUAACACAGACGCACCAGAUGAAGCCCUGGUUGUCUGUGGAAACAUGAAAGUUAUGGGAGCAGUCAUGCAUCCAUCUGACAGGCGAGCCAAACAGAAUAUCCAGGAGGUUGAUACGCAUGAGCAGCUGAGAAGAAUAGCGCAGAUGCGGCUGGUUGAAUACGACUACAAGCCCGAGUUUGCAUCCGUUAUGGGGAUUAACCAGAUCCACGAAACAGGAGUAAUUGCCCAGGAAGUUCAGGAACUUCUGCCAAGAGCCGUGAGAGACACUGGAGACUUAACAUGUGAAAAUGGAGAAAAAGUGGAUCAUUUCCUCAUGGUUGAUAAGGAUCAAAUUUUCAUGGAGAAUGUGGGCGCAGUGAAGCAGCUUUGCAAAUUAACAAACAACCUUGAAGUCCGGAUAGAAGAGUUAGAAGCGUGGAAUAAAAAACUAGCUAGACUGAAACAGAUAAACAGCUUGAAGUCAACGACACCCAGUGAAAAGAAUACAAGAAGGAUUUUUAGCCAAGCUACUCCUCGUUUACCACCAAGAAAAUCAGCUCCCAUAAAGAUGUGUUCUCCAGAGAAAAACCAGUCAUGGUCCAGCUCCAGGAUCUUCCAGAUAACUGUGAUUGCUUUGGUUGCAGUUAUGGCAGUCUGUGUUCUGUCGAUAGCCACCAUUUAUGUCCUUAGCAUACCCGACCCAGUCAUGGCCAGUUCUACAAACAGCAAUUCAACAAGUCUGAUAACACUCCCUCCACCCACCACUUUGACAGUGACCAGAUACAGCACAAUGUCUUCAAGCCCAAAACCUACUGGCGUCAUUCCUGAAGUGAAUUUUUGUGGCAUUUUACCUUGUCGGGAAACUUACUGCUGUCCAAGUCAUCAAACAGUAAGAAAAGACCUACAUUAUCAGAAGGUGAAGGCAAAAGAACAUAGAACGAAAAGGAAAGUACUGUCAGGGGAAAACUGGUUUGAGAAGCCUGACCUUGGAAAUGACUGGACUGACACAUCAAUCAUCUCUAUGCAGAUCUUAGAGACACAACAAAAAAUAGAUCGCCGUUAUUGUCGCAAAAACCUGCAGUGUGGGUCUGGAAAUUAUAGUUACAUUGUUCCCAUUAACAAACACACACCUGUCAUGGUGAAAAUCUCUCUGGAAAUCAAUACAACGGAACCACUCAUUAUCUUUCAAUGCAAAAUCACCUUUGGGAAGUCUUGCUUUCGUCUUCCACAACAAACCCGUCAAAAGAGGGAACCCUUUCCAGAAACUACACAGGGAUUCCAUCAUAUUUGGUAUCUCCCUGUAAGCUCGUUCCAUGACAGUGCUUACCAUUUUCGUGUUGCUGCUCCAGAUCUUGCAGACUGUUCAACGGAUCCUAACUAUGCUGGGAUAUAUUUCACUGAUUACUUCUUCUAUUUCUAUCGGAACUGCAUCUGAAAGGAUGGCUUUAACUCUCCCUGAAAAAGAUGGGGAAUUUUUUAGUGCUGCUGAGAGCUUGUUUGCCGCAUUAAUUCUUCCUGGCAAACACUUAAUGAACUUCUGUUUUAUCCCCUUGUUUUGGGAAUAUCAAAUGGGAGUAAAUAAAACUGAAGCAUUUUGUUGUUUUGUGAGGUCUUCAUAGAAGCUGCUAGUAAAACUGUGUGGUUGCUGAUGAUUCAAAGGCAAGCACAUGAGCUGACUUCAGUUUAAGCUGAUUUCCCGCAGUAAGACACAAUUGGCUUAAAUCCAACUAUCUGUCUGAUCUAGUUUGUGGACUGGGCUGUAAUCAUUCAUUCUAAUGGUGCAAUAGAGUAACAGAGUAAUUGGACGGAAACAAUCUUAUUUUGCAGAGCCUCUCGGCAUGUUUAACUGCCCCCCUAACCAAAGGGAAAAAACAAUUGGAUUUCUAAUGGGAUUUGUGCUCCAUACACAAUACUGUGCUCUUGCAACCCACACUAAUCAAUUGGAGGGGAACGGGGAAAGCUACCAUGUUAACCAAAUGACUUUUUCUUAUGUCACCUAUAAAUGCGCUUUGUAUGAAUGUAUCGUGAGCUGAUACUGUUACAGGCCUCUCCCAAUAGUAUAAGCACCCCACUUACAUGCGUGUAAGGUUGCCAGGUGUCCACUAUUUGAGCGGACAGUCCGCUUUUUUCACAUUAUGUUCACUAUUUCCCCCCACAAAAUAGUGGACAUUUUUUUUUUAUUCCAAAGCUUUAUGAUGAAAUGGUACGUAAUCUAAAGCUGUACAAUCUAAGAGAACAAGGAUAGGAGAAUCACGUUUUGUCUUUUUUUUCAUAAGUGAGAAUGAGACAAUUGUUUCACAAGACAUUUAAAAAAUGGGGGGGGGGGGAGGCGCCUCUUGCCAGAGUUCUGCCCCGCCUGUUCCUGACUCGCGGGGAGAACAAAAGGGAGAGGCGCGAAAGAAAAAGACGCCCCUUCCUGUUCUUGACGCGCAGGAGCAGCAGCAAACCAGCUACCGGUAGAGGUGCGAGGGGAAAAGGUGGGCUUGGAGGAGACUUGCCCGAUGACCUGAGGGAGCGAGAUCCUUGCCCCAAGGAUCACCUCCCUAAUACAGGAAUGGUAAGAAGGAACCCCUGUUGGGAACUUGGGUAGCUUUGCCCCAAGGAUCCCUAAGAAGCAUAGAAUUGUAGAGUUGUUGGAAGGGACCACGAGGAUCAUCUAGUCCAACCCCCCUGCAAUGCAGGAAUGGAACCCAUGGGGGCUCGAAACCCAUGACCCUAAGAUUAAGUGGACUUUGUAUAUUUUUUAAUAUUUUGCAACGUUGUUCUGAAAUUAAAGAAUUAUUCCUUAAACACAAAGAAUUGAUCAAAGCUGCGCAGUCAAAUAAAAAAUACACACGACAGCAAAGUAAAAUGUAAUCUAAUAUUUUACAUACUUAUUUGAUGUUUUGAAUUUAAAGUAAAGUUUUGGAGUGAUUAUUUUAAUACGUGUUAAAAUGUUUGCGAGAAAAUAUUUAAUUUAAUUUAAUUUAAACCCCCAACCCCACUUGUCUGCUACUUUUUUGGAAGCAGACCUGGCAACCCUACAUGCGUGACUACACACGCACAUGUGGUGCUGGGAAAUAAAUAAAUAAUUCAAUUCAAACCUGGAAAUGGCAGGAGAGAGCUGGUGAGCCCUCAUGGCUUGCAAGGAGACCCUCCCUGGAGCCUGACGAGGAUGUCAUUGAGGGUGGAGCAACCCCUGAAGAGACUGGGGGGGGCCUUGUUUAGGCUGCUCAGCCUCCCCACCUAACAGCUGAUGUGUGGGGCAGCAUGGCAGCUGCAGUCACUUCCCCACGCCUCCUCCAGCCAGCCCCAGAGCGUCAAUUCUAGGUCUUCAAUUGUUGGAUACAGUGUUUUUGGUCUAGACUGGAGAGGGAACAGCAGAGAGGGUAUUUAGAUGAGCUCCCCACUUACGUGAUUUUCGCUUAUGUGCACGGGGAUCCAGAGCGUAACUUCCGUGUAAGUGGAGAGGGGGGAUGUCUGUGCAGUCACAAUGUUGUUGUUGUUUAGUCGUUUAGUCGUGUCCGACUCUUCGUGACCCCAUGGACCAUAGCACGCCAGGCACUCCUGUCUUCCACUGCCUCCCACAGUUUGGUCAAACUCAUGUUCGUAGCUUCGAGAACACUGUCCAGCCAUCUCGUCUUCUGUCGUCUCCUUCUCCUUGUGCCCUCAAUCUUUCCCAGCAUCAGGGUCUUUUCCAGGGAGUCUUCUCUUCUCACGAGGUGGCCAAAGUAUUGGAGCCUCAACUUCAGGAUCUGUCCUUCCAGUGAGCCCUCAGGGCUGAUUUCCUUCAGUCACAAUACUCAUAUCUAAAUAUGAGUAUUCACAAUACUCAUAUCUAAAUAUGAAUGUUUUGAUAGGCCAGAGUAAUUUUACAUGGGCAACCAGGCCAUGGCAGCACAAAUGAUGCAUGUACAGCCCAUGUUAAAAAAACCAAAACAUCAUAUUUUUUGUGGGUGCUGAAAAGCCCAUUCCUAAAUCUACAAAACAAACAUUUGAUAGUACAGUAUUGGGUGAAAGGGUCCUGUUUUGUGUUGUGUCCUCUGUGGAAACAUAUUUUUACAGAAUUCGAGCUCUGCAUGGGUUUUUGGCAAUUUUAGUGGUUUGUGGAGGUUCUACACACCUUGCUGUCAGGGCUGUUAGUGCAGGCCUGCAGCAGAAGAGAGGAAGAAGAAGAGUUUGGAUUUGAUAUCCCGCUUUAUCACUACCCGAAGGAGUCUCAAAGCGGCUAACAUUCUCCUUUCCCUUCCUCCCCCACAACAGACACCCUGUGAGGUGGGUGGGGCUGAGAGACUUCAGAGAAGUGUGACUAGCCCAAGGUCACCCAGCAGCUGCAUGUGGAGGAGCGGGGAAGCGAACCCGGCUUCCCAGAUUACGAGUCUACCACUCUUAACCACUACACCACAUUGGCUCAGCAGGGUUUCUUUCUAGGCCAGGGAAAGAUGGAUUAUGCUUGAGGGGACAGCGCACAGUUAAUUCACUCUGUAUGAAUAAAACACAAUCCUGACCCACUUUAUUCCCAGUUACUAGUUACUAGAGAAUUGACAGAAUUGCAGAAACGUGUGUGUGUGUGUGUGUGUGUGUGUGUGUGUGUGUGUAUCUUCAUCUUCACACACAAACACACACACAAAGUAAAUCCAUGUGGGGUAAAAAUUACAGCCUUUUAUUUCUCUCUGGCUUAAAUCCAGAGAGCAUGCGCAUCUCCUGACAGUUGGCUAUAGUUUCCGUUUGUUAAGAAGGAGCAGCAAUGAAAUUGCAUUCGCUUUGCAGGGUCAUCAUCUUUGUAUUUUACAUAGCGAAUUCACAUCAUACAUGUAAAGCACAUUUAAUGCACAUUUAAAACCCUCCUGCAAAGAAUCCUGGGAACUGUAGUUUUAAAGGGGCUGGGAAUUAUAGCUCUGUGAUGGGUGAAUUACA